ACGCCGCGCUCCACUGGCUUUGAAAGUGUGAUUUUUGCGGAUCGCGAGAGAACCGCGAGCUUUCAAUGGCUUUUUCCAGCUGUUCCAUGCCGUCAGGUCGUCAAAAGCGUUCUAACACUCGCCUCGAGCGGUCGCGAUCAUCAGAGUUUAUAGAGCCAACCACUAGCUUAUCGGCUUUACGUGCGCAUCUCACGUAGCAGAUAAGGGAUAUUCCCAUAACAUCCAUAACAUAAUGACGAGUGCCGAAUUACACGGUUCCUAUGGAGGGUUCUACUUUGGCUUCUGCACACUGAUCUCCCAUGUGCUUCUGGCGGGGAUUACCGCAGCCAUCGUCUACAAGUGUCUGGUCCUCAAGUUGGUGCACACCGCCGGGCAUGCCUUCUACUGUACAAUAGCCUUUGUCUUCUUCAUGGGCGAGGCGCUGCUGGUGCGAAACAGCACUUACCUGGAAUCUUGGAUGGGACCCCUGAACCUCAACCGGCUACAUGCUGGCCUGGGACUACUGGCUUUCGUGGUCGGAGUUGGAGGAAUCGGAAUCAAAACAUGGCAGAAGCUGGAGCGCAAGCGAGAAGAUCCCGAGGCCAGCGUUCGGCACUUCAAGAGCAACCACGCGUUUUACGGUAUUGUCGGCUGUGCCCUGCUGCUCGGCAGCGUUCUCAGCGGUCUUCCGCUGUAUUUUAACAACGGAGGCUUCACCUUGAAACUGCUCCAUCGAUUCUUUGGAUUGACUGGAUUUCUUGCCCUAAUGGUGUCGCAAAUGUUCGGCUACAACACGGGAUUCGGCCGGCGACAGUGGAAGCCACAUCACCAGAAGCUCUUCAAGUUCUUCACCUUUAUCGCUACCAUAACGACUGCAAACUACGAACUUCGUAGAUUUAUACAAGAUCUCGCUGGAUGGGCAAUCAAUUAUUUUGCUGGAUCAGAAGCGGCUGAGGCGAGAGAAGAUCUUUGAGGACCUAUCAUUGUGCGGGUGUUACUACUCUGGAAUAUCUAUAACUCGGGGCGAUUGGCGAGGAAACGAAUGUCGCAUUUAAGUAUUGUAGAUUUAUUAGUGAAUGGUGUAUGCGUUAUGCAAAACUGAUUAGUAGGCGAACCAUCAUUGUGAAUUUCGUCUAUAAAAAGUUCGCAAGUGUAGCGUUGUAGAUAGUACUGUGUUAUCUAGUUUGUGAGGGCUUUAGUUGUCUAUGUCAAUCGCACUCUCCUUAACCACAUCAAUAGAAAAUAGGAAAAAUGUUGAUUUUGCGCCUUUAUUGUAAUUUCACACGUAAAACAUAAUAUACACACAUUUUUACUUUUUUUUGGUAACAAGA